AUGGUUUUAACAAUAUGUCUAUAUGUGUCAUACUGUGAAGCUGGCCACAAAAAAGUGGUUAUCCACGUGCCAUUGAAAAUAAAAAAAUUGAAACAUACACAUACAAUUUACAAGACGAUACAUCACUAUCAUACAAUCCAUGGAGGAAAACACGAAAAGAACGAUGCUGAUGAUGGCGGCAGCCAAUACGAGAAUCAGGAAGAGGAAGAAGGCGAGAUGGCACCAUCUGGAGAAGGCGGUGAUGAAAGAGAAGAACACAUUCAUCAUCAUCAUCAUCACAACGAAACGCCCAUGAAGCACAACAGGGGAAUGAUGCAUCAUCAUCAGGGAUACAAGACUGAACCAAGGCUGCCGGGUUAUCAUCAUGGUAUGAGAGGACAUCAGAAGAGCUUUAGGAUGGAAGAAGGGCGCAGGAGAUUUUUAGAAGAUUCCAGGCAAAAUCCAGAAUUCGAAGAUUACCCUGAACAAGAAAUCGAAGAUGAGGAGGAAAGUAUGAAGAAAAAGCGCGAAGCAAAACAUUAA